UAUUUAAUAUCGUGUUUUACCACCGUUCCCUUUUGAACCACGGACGCACCCAGCCCGGCAGGCCCCAACCACCCACCCCGACCAAAACCCAGACCCAAACCCAGGGGCGCGCGUCGUUUGAUGCGAUUCCGGCGGCGAUCGAAGGCACCACCACCCCCGCGACCCGCGCCCCCGGCGUAGUGUUUCGGCGAUCUCCCCGGAGAAGCAUGGCCGGCGGCGGCGGAAGCGGAAGCGGCGGGGCCCGCCCCUCCGACAAGACGGCGCGCGCGCCGACGAUCCACUCCACCAUCCAGUCCAUCAAGGAGGUCGUCGGCGGCCACUCCGACGCCGACAUCUACGACGCCCUCCGCGAGUCCAACAUGGACCCCAACGAGACGGCGCAGAAGCUUCUCAACCAAGAUCCAUUUCAUGAAGUGAAACGCAAAAGGGACAAGAAAAGAGAGAGUGCUGGACAUAAGAGCGUUGCAGAAGCUGCAACACAAGUUGACAACAGUUCCCAACGGAUGAAGCCACACACUCAAAAGGUUGGCAAUGAUCAAAGAAGAGCUUACAAUCAGGGUCAGACAUAUGGCCCUAGUCGAGAAUUUCGGGUUGUGAGGGACAACAGGCAUGGUGUGGUGGAGAACAGAUCAGAACUAGGACACAAAGGUUCAACAUAUACGCAAGUGUCUGAUAGGAGUGGGGUUGUAGUUCAGACUGAUCAAAAUCGCCCUCCAGCUACAACCUCAGAAGGUCAGAUCAGGCAUCAAACUGGAAAGAACAGUCACAACUCUAGCAUGCUUCAGGUGAACAGGGAAGCUCAGGCUACUGCUCAGAGGCAUGCGAAGCCAUAUAAAAACUCCCAGAAGGAGCACCACCUUCCAUAUUCUGAUCCAUCUUACGCUUCCUCCAAUUACAAAGCUGUUGGAGGAUCAGUUGGAGCCAAUCGACGCGAAGCUGGAGUAGUUAAUGCUCCGAGACAGUAUUCUGGUCGUCCAGGUUCACAGUUGCAUGUAUCAAGUGGUACUUACCAUGCAAAUAUUCGAAGGGAGAAUUUUGCCUCAGCUGGGCCAUCUAGUCGUCCCUCAGCUUUUAUGUCUAGAAAUGCUCUACCCAAUCAUAGGCAUGCACUAGACACAGUAUCUCGUGGCCGGUCUGUUGGUAGACCUUUUGUGAACCAUAGCAUCAACAAGUAUCACCAGGUUCCUGCUAGCAACCAAAAAGCAGUUAAAGAGUGGAAGCCAAAAUCGACAACCAAGUCUGCCACCAAUGAUACAGAUAACAGUCGGACAGAUGCAGUACCUCCUUUAGAUAACAAAACUGAAAGCGCUGAUGUUCUGGAUGUGAACAGCUUGUGUGACAAAACUUCUCAUGCUAACCUGCAUGAGAUGGAGCAUGUGAUUAUUCCCGAACAUCUUCGUGUGCCAGAGUAUGAGCAGACAAGAUUAAGAUUUGGCAGUUUCACUCCUGGGUUUGAUUCAGACCAGUUACCGGCCUUGACUUCUCCAGAAUCAGAACAACCAGUACAGUUAGGUGAACCUUUACCGGAGCUGGUUGUUGAAGAGGAUGCAUUUGGUGCUGAACAUGAUGAAGGGGAUGACCAAGCUGGAUCACAGCUCACUAAUUCAACAGCAACGGCAGAGAUUUCCUUGUCACCAUCUGAGGAUAGCGAACAGAUGAGUGGUCAAGAAGUUGAGGAUGAUGAUGGACUGGGCAUAGUACAGAGUGACACUCCACUUGGUGCAACUGAUGACCAUAAUAUUCAUAGCACCUCUAGCUUGGCUGCUUUUUCUACAUACACUCAUGAAGAUUCUAAUAGUGACGCACAGUUAUAUGGGCUAGUACAGCCCAGUGUGCACCAACAGGUGUUGGCUUCGUCUUCUCAGGGGUAUACUUCGGUAAAUCCAGAAGCAGAUAGUGUGCAAGCAUUCAGAAUGCCAGAAUCCAAUGUUCAUUCACAAGUUCUCCCUUCAACAUCUGAGGCCCUAAGUUCACAACUUGUGAGCAGCAGCCCUAUUGCAAUCUCUUCACAACAGCAACAUAUAUCCCAGCAACAACAAACAACACAGAUGUACCCUCCAAUCCAUGUGCAGCAUUAUCCGAAUUUUAUGCCAUAUCGACAUCCUCUGUAUCCUCCGGUUUAUGUCCCACCCAUGGCUAUGCCAAAUUAUUCAACAAACGUCCCUUAUGCAUCAAAUGGAAAUAAUUAUCUUCAGAUGCCUGCUGGAGGUUCACAUUUAACUGCAGGUCAAGUGAAAUAUGGAGUUUCACAGUAUAAGCCAGUCCCAACUGGUAACCCUUCUGGUUAUGGAAAUUACACUCACCCAGCUGGUUUUACAAUUAGUUCUCCUGGUGUUAUUGGAGCUGCAGUUGGUGUGGAUGAUGUUAAUCGGAUGAAGUACAAAGAUAACAACAUUUAUGCACAAACUCCACAGGUAGAGGCAUCUGAUAUCUGGAUUCAGACUCCUCGAGAGAUGCCCACUUUGCAGUGUCCCCCAUAUUAUAACAUAUCUGGUCAAGCAACACCUGGUGCCUAUAUGGCAAAUCCUGGUAAUGCAUCUUACAAUGCUACAGCCCAGUCCUCGCAUGCACAAUUUGCUGGCAUGUACCACCAGCAGCAGCCUCCUUCAAUUGUAAGUCCACAUGCCAUGGUGCAUCAGCAGGUCCCGUCUGCCAUUGGUCCUAAUGUUGGAGUUGGUGUGGCUGCACCAGGCCCCCAAGUGGGGGCCUACCAGCAGCCACAGCUUGGCCAUAUGAAUUGGAGACAACCCAACUUUUAAAGAAGGUUUCUUAAUUAUCUGUAAUUAGGGGUCACAAGAGCCUUUAAUGUAACAACAAUUGGCUCCUUUUAACAGGAACCACUUCUGUUUUUAGUGCAGCUCUGUCCGAUCUAUUUAAGGUCUAACAAGGUUUUUGUUAGCUUUUCUUUCCUCCCAUGUGAAAUCAGUAUGCUCCAUGAAUUGGUAUGAUGUAGAUUGUGAGCUAAAUUUACAUUGAGCAAAGUUCUUCCAAGAGAACUGGGGUUGAGCAUUUUCUA